UUUAAAAAUUACAACAAAAAGUUUCUAAUGGAUAUUUUUAUCAAAAUGCCUGAUGUGCCCUCGCGUGAUGAAGUGCAGAAUCUAAGCCUGGAUGAGUACUUUCGUAUGUAUGUGCAAAAUAAGCCGGUCAUGAGAAAGCGGAGUACUUAUCCGUAUCCGGGUCCGUGUCCCGGUCCGUAUGGCCCGGGUUCGUAUUCGGGUCGGUAUCCGAGUCAGGCGCAACAGCGCCGUCGCUACGAGCGCUCGCACUACUUCGCGCCGGAAUAUCAGCGCCAGCAGCAGGAGCAGCAGCAAAAACUGCUAAAGCAGCAGAAAAAUCCACAGCAGCAGCACCAACAGCCUGAGAGCAUGUUUAUGGACCUAGACGUCCUCAACAAUCUGCGCCAGGAGAUGGAGCUGCUACGAAAGCAAUGCGUCAGCGAGUAUCGUCAGUUGGAGCACCGUUUGGGCGUGCAGCGCGCGGAAGGUAUCCAGGAGAUGCGGCGGCUCCUGGAGCGCCAUCAUUAUGCGCGCCACACGUUGCAGAUGCGCAUCCACGAUGCGGAGCGCAUUUAUCGACAGCGCGACAUCUAUGAUCAGAGCAUGAUGCAGCUGCGCGAUCAGCAGCAAAAACUGCAGCAGGAGCAGCAGAAGAAGGCAGCUGAGAGUUUGGAAAUCAACAACAACGACGUCCCCGGCACGCCGGAGCACGAACUGCUGAAGCCACCGCGACUUAAGUCGCCAGAGCUGCCGCAUUGGUAUAUAUCGACCACUCAUGCCAAGGAAGACCCGAAGGGAGCCAAGGAUAGUAAAUUCAAGCUCGACGAUGUUGACUUUGGCGGCACUGGCAUCUCCACCAAGGAGGUCAUAGCCGAGAUCCAGGAGGAAAUGGAGGACGACAUCAACAGCGAUAUGCUCUAUAUACCCACCAACUUUUCACUGCACGAAUAAUCGUAUACACUAACU